AUGCGCGUUUCCAUCCUCACCGCAGCCCUCGUGGCAACCCCCGUUCUCGGCUACCCCGGCAUGAAGAACACUUUCGCUGAGAUCGCGGCCCGUCAGGGCAAGUCCGACGGCGGCAAGUCGACCGAGAUCAUUGGGGACCUCGCGACGCUCGACGACUCGAAGCUCACGCCCGUUGGCAAGAACAUCAAGCAGCUCCUGUCUGGUUCUGGCAACGCUGAGAGCGAUGAAGCUUACUCUUCCGGCAAGAAGAGAUCCGCUCCCAUCCAUCCCAGAGACUACGGUUACGGAGGUGGUGGCGGUGCGCCUUCUGGUGGCGGCGGCGCUCGCCCGGCUCCAGGCGGUGCCCCACCUGGUCCUGGUCGAGGUGCUCCUCCGGUCCCGGGAGGUGGGCCCUACGGCGGCACUCCUCCCGCACCCGGUGGCGGUGCCCCACCUGCUCCCGGUGGUGGCAAACCUCCCGCCCCUGGAGAAGCCAAAGAUACACCAGCAUGUGCUGCCGACAUCUGUUGCAUCUGGAAGUAUAUCGCAGACGACCUCGCAACCACUUUCAAAGGUGAAUCCGGCCGCUGCACUGACUACGCUCGUGCAGCCAUUCGUCUUGGUUUCCACGAUGCUGCUGGUUGGUCCAAGGGAACCGGAAACCUCGGUGGAGCUGACGGGUCGAUUGUUCUGUCCUCCUCUGAAAUCUCGCGCGUCGAGAACAAAGGUUUAGAAGAAAUCGUCGAGCAAACUAAGACAUGGUACAACAAGUAUAAGCAAUACGGAAUCGGCAUGGCGGACCUCAUCCAGUUCUCCGCAAAUGUCGCUACGGUUGUUUGUCCGCUAGGUCCUCGUGUUAGGACUUUUAUAGGACGAAAAGAUUCAUCAGUUGCCGCUCCUCCCAACCUCCUUCCGGACGUCAAUAGCCCAGCUGAUACCCUGAUCGACCUGUUCAACAACAAAACCAUCAGCUCUUAUGGCCUUAUUUCGCUCAUAGGUGCGCACACAACCAGUCAACAACGCUUCGUUGACCCUUCGCGCGCCGGCGACCCUCAGGACAGCACCCCUGGUGUGUGGGAUGUCAAGUUCUACUCGGAAACCAUUGGCAACGCUCCGCCGCGCGUGUUCAAAUUUAAUAGCGAUGUUGCACUGUCCAAAUACCCCAGCACCAGCGGCCAGUUUGCUGCUUUCGCCGGUCCCGGUGGCCAGGCUGCGUGGAACGCGGCGUACGCCCACGAAUACGUUCGUCUUUCUCUCCUGGGUGUGUACAACAUCAACGACUUGACGGAAUGCACAAAGGCACUUCCCGCACGGUGGGCUCCAUCCAGCUUCACCGCUUCUGACCAGGGCAACGUCGACACCUGGGUUGCCAGCAAGGGCCCCGUUCCCAAGAUUCCCGAUCAGAUCAGAGGAGGAAAGCCCAUCGGACCUCCUCCACCACCAUCUGGUCCCGGAGGACCAGGUAACGGUCCUGCUCCUCCAACUGCAAAGGGUGGUGCCCCUGGAGGGCAGUAUGGCAACGGCGGCGGUUCUCCUCUCCCGGCCGGAAACGGUCCCUCUGCUUCCCCCAAGGGUAAUGCGCCUGGGGGACAGUAUGGCGGCGGUGGUCCGUCUCCCCCGGCCGGCAACGGUCCUUCUGCUCCUCCAAAGGGCGGCGGCGGUAGUGGCUACGGUUACUAG